GCAUAAAUUCUCAGCGUACCACAGGAAGCGGAAGUGUGUUGUUACAGCAUAACAGUCGAAGUUUUUAAUCGCUACAUUUUUGUGUUUUCUUUUGGUUUGUAUAUGCUUUUGGGCGGACUUUGAUGUUACAUAACGGUUCGAUUAGAAUAUAUACAUUAGAAUGACCAAAGAAAAGCGACACAAGAGAAGGGAAUCUCCGGAACGGGAGCCCAAAGUUAAGAUAAAGCAGGAGCAAGUGAGCCCUGUUAGGCCACAGAGAUCACGCCGCUCGAGGUCCAGAUCCAGCGGCAACUCAAGUCCACAGAGGAGAAGAACGAGCAGGUCACCUGCCAGGACAAGGGACCGUUCACCAGCUAAAAGAGAGACAUCUCCAGCCAGACGAGGCAGCAGAUCCCCCAGAAACAGGAGAAGUCGUACUCCUCCCCAUCGUGGUGCUGAUGUCAAAAUAAAGCGGGAACGGGAGGAGCAUAGGGCUAAUGCUGAUGAGCGCAGGAGAAGGAACGACCAGCCAGAGGAGAGGCGGAGCAGGUGGGAAUCAGACAGACCGCGGGAGAGGGACCGUGGCAGAGACAGACACAGAGAGCAAGGCGCACUUGCCUCCCAACAAGCGGAGAGACAGCAGCACGAUGAGCGGCGCAGAGAAAAUCGCCAACGGCGUGAAGAAAACCAAGAACAGGACUUUGGCCAGGCUGAAGGAGGGGUUGACGAUCCAAAUGACCCACCUGCUGGGAAGGAGAAGCCCAACUUUGGGCUGUCGGGGGCUCUAACAGAAGAUACAAACACAUUCCGGGGAGUGGUGAUCAAGUACAACGAGCCACCCGAGGCACGCAUUCCUAAGCGCAGAUGGCGACUGUACCCCUUCAAGAAUGAUGAACCCCUUCCAGUCAUGUACAUUCACAGACAGAGUGCCUAUUUGUUGGGGAGGCAGAGAAAAAUUGCUGAUAUCCCGAUUGACCAUCCAUCCUGCUCCAAGCAACAUGCAGUGUUUCAGUACAGACUGAUGGAGUUUACACGUGCAGACGGCACCAGUGGCCGCAGGGUAAGGCCUUACAUCAUUGACUUGGGUUCCGGCAACGGGACCUACCUAAACAACCAGCGCAUUGAAGCCCAGCGCUAUUACGAGCUCAAAGAAAAAGACGUUAUCAAGUUUGGCUUCAGCAGCCGCGAGUAUGUCCUCUUGCACGAGUUCUCAGACACAAGCGAGGUGGACGCCAAGGUGGAGGAGGAGGAGGAAGAUGACGAGGGCCUCGAUGAAUAAAUUGUUCCCGCAAAGUGUAUUGCCCAAGUUCAUUCGGUUUGAAUAACCUCAUCAAUAUUCAUGGAGCAAUGAACUGAACUGGUAAAUCUGGGAUGUUAUUACAAUAAUGGAACAAGGCUGGUUUGUAUAUUCUGUAAUUACCAAACUUUUGCUUAAAUCUGCCACAACUGUCUCAAAGAAGACUUCCUAUUCUCAGGUCGUUUGUGAAAUGUCUGUGUGAUGCAUGAUUGAUCUCACAUCUGACUGUUCACAAUACAAAGUGCUCAGUGCCAGAUAGAUAUCUUGCUAAACGCAAUAGUUCAUUAUAUAUUUUUGGAGUACAAAGUUUAG